GACCCACCAUGGCCUGUGGGUGUGCCUAAGUGGUGUUCUAAAGGUUGGAUGUGUCUUCCGCUAAGGGGAAACUCUGCCGAAAUUUCGUGGACGCCGACGCUUGUGAAAAUAUCGCGGGAGCUGACGGGCGGAUGAGGAGUGCCUUCAAACGCUACAAGCUACUGAAGAUUGCUGUUGGGGAAGAGAAGAUGCUAGAAGAAGGCGAAGCACGUGAACGGUGGAUUGAGAAAAGCGCCGUGCUUUUCGACCUCAUCCUUCAAUCGGUCAACAAGGAGAUGUUCGAGCACAUCAAGGAUCUUGUGGAAGCGGAUGAUUCGGGUCCAAGGGCGUGGAAACUACUACGCGAUGUGAUUCAGCCCAACACUCUCCCGAUGGUGAUCGUGCUCGAGAAGGAACUUGCUGCCAUCUGCAUGCGACCAGGGGACGAUGUGAAGCCGGUCCUUGACAAGAUCAAGGACACCUAUGCAAGGAUGGCAGCAGCGGGCAGCAGUGUAUCUCAGCUGCAGCAGUGCACCAAGAUCAUCUCGGUGUUGGACAACUCUUCGGACAACCUCAUCCCCACCCUCAACUCUCAGCAAUAUCAAUGGACACUUGAGUGGCUAAGGCAGCAGAUUCUGCAGGAGGACUUCCGCAGACGCCAUUACUGCAAGAAGGUCGGGCAUCCUUGGUUCAAGUGCUUCAGCAGGCCGGAGGGAUGGGCACCUCCAGGCAUGAAGCCGCCAAGUGGUGAACGCGCACAAGGUGGCGCUGUGCAAGGCUCAGGUGCACAAGAAGAGUAAGGCCGAAGUGACCUUUGGACCAACCAGCUGCUGUGCUAAACUUGGGAAGAAGGUGCUGUGGAGUCUGGAAGAGGAGACCAGCUGCAUCAAGGACCUAUGGCA